AUGAAGAUCGAAGUGCAAAGCAAGAAACUGAUCAAGCCAUCGGCUCCGACGCCGAACCACCGUCGAAAGCUAAACAUUUCAUGCGUUGAUGAGCUUGUGCAGCCACUGUACGCCGGUUUCCUUUUCUACUACCGGGCUGAUGGCGAAAACCAUGAAGAGGAUAUUUUCCAAAGGAUUUGCCUUUUGGAGGAGUCGCUUUCGGAAACUCUAGCGAUCUUCUACCCUUUAGCUGGUCGGUACGUUGAGGAAGGGCUCUUUAUUGACUGUAACGACAAAGGAGUAGAAUUUGUGCACGCCAAAGUGAAUGGCCAGCUCGAUCAGCUCCUCCAGGGAGAAUUUGACACAGACCUACUUGGCCAUUUGUCCAAGUUCCGAAUGGGACCAGCCAGCAAUCCCCUAGUCAUGAUUCAAGCAAACGUGUUCGAGUGUGGGGGACUCGUGAUCAGCCUGCGCUCUUGUCACAAGUUAGGCGACAUGUGCACCAUGGCGACAUUCAUGAACUCAUGGGCUACCGCGUGCAGGAGCGGAAUCCACGAAGUAGCCUCGCCGUAUUUCGAGCUGUCCUCUCUAUUCCCAGUGAAGGGGUCGGGGGUAACUCUUAUGCCUCCACUUCUUGCUGGAGUAAAACUCACGAUGAAUCGGUUCUUAUUCAGUGGCGCGGCCCUAUCGAGAUUAAAACUAGCUGGGCCUAAAAAUGUGCGGAUAUCGAGAGUGGAGGUCGUGUCCGCACUGUUAUGUAAGGCAUUUGUAACUUUGGAUCGAGCUAAACACGGGCGCCUGAGGCCCCUUGUCAUUUGCCAGAGUAUGAACUUGCGUGGGAGAGUUAAUCUACCAAUACCAACAAAUGCGUUCGGUAACUUCAUCACCAAGGUCACCGCCCGACACACGAUGCAUCAGAGCAGCCUGGAUUUCGAAGUGUUUGUGAAGAUGAUCCAGGAUAUGUUCGCGAGCGCCAAGACAAGGUUUGCAGCGAUAGCGGACAGAGAGUCGUGCAUGGAUAUGGUGAAGGAAUCUGCAAGAGAAUACAAGGAAAGGGUUAACAGUGACGAAGAUAAUGUGGUGGACUUUACAAGCUGGUGUGGUUUCCCAUUCUAUGACAUCCAUUUUGGGUGGGGGAAGCCUGACUUGGUGAGCAACGCAUGCAAUCCUGUCCGUAAGAUUUUUCUCAUUGAUAGUAAAUCUGAGGGUGGAAUCGAUGCAUGGAUUACAGUAGGCCAAGAGGAGAAGGUUCUUCUUGAGCAAGACCCUGACAUUGUUGCUUUCACUUCCUGA